CAUUUGCCCCACCCUAGCUCCAUCUCCAGCUCCUCGACGACCUCACCUCUUGCACCCUCUCUGAUAAGUUAUUCUUCAGAAGACCUUCUUUUCUCCCCGAACCCGACCGCUAUGUCGGAGGCACAACCUCCACUGUACUCGCCGUUGCUCCAGCUCCCUGACGAGCUCCUCGUGGAGACAGUUCGAUACCUAGACUGCAACACCCUCUGCUCCUGCGCAAGAACCUGCCAGCGGCUGCAGCGGAUCUGCGAAGACGAAAUCUACUCCGAUGUCAAACUGCGCAAUACGGACCGUCUCCAAGAAAUAUGUAACGCUUUCGCUCGGCGACCCCGCCGCGUGCAGGCAGUCCGCAAGCUCGCCAUCCUCUACAAGUAUCAUGAGAGAAUAGCUGGGACCCUGGAUGACCGGCAGGUACUCAAUGAAAGCAUCAAGGACAUGCGGAACCUGCGGGAGUGGUAUAUCGAGAGCCCCUUCGACAAUUUCAGAUGGGGAGAUGCUGGUGGAGCGGAAUGGGUGCAGCGGGACAUGGAGAUGUUCAGGCAGGCGCUGGAAGGCGCAAGCCUUCCCAAGACUCCGAAGGAAUUGGAGAGAAUUGGUCUUGGUAACUUGCAGAAGCUGACGAUCCAUUCGCAUGGUACCUCUGCCGAUUUCUGGUACUUAGGCGCAUUCCACUGCUUAUUUAGCCAUCCUUCACUUCAAUACCUUCAUAUAUCUUGCGUCGCUUUCCCCGAUGACAUCCCGCAGUUAGAGCCGUUCGCCAACUCCACGCCCCUCACGACCCUUAUCUUCGACGAGUGCGAAUUGACGCCGGGAAGCCUCGAACGAAUCCUCAAGACACCCAAGUGGCUGAAACAUCUCACACUCGGCGAGAACUGCUCGAAUAUUAGGCGCAGCAAGGGCCCCGAUCCCAGAUUGACUCGGAAUCCUGGUGCAGCAAUGCAGGCACUGCAGGCCGUUGCAGAUUCCCUGGAAUCUCUAGCCCACUAUGACCCGUCCUUCUACCUCACUCUGGGUGGACGUGCACCUCGCAUGUACCUCAAAGGCGACGGUAUGCGCAACUUCCAUUGCCUGAAGUUCCUCGAGUGCGAUGAGCUAUCGUUCCUCCAUCGAGCCAUCAUCAUGAACCACACACUUGCGCCGCCCAACCUGGAGACCCUCCGGCUGCAACACCAUCGACGUUGCAGCGACGACUAUUUUGACGAGCCGGGCCUUCCCCAAAGCGAAACAUAUGUCGGUAUACCCAGCCUAAAGACCCUGGAGUUCGUACAACCCAUAUUAGCCCCUGUUUUCACCCCAUACGCAAUCGCGCGAUAUAUUUGCGAGCCCGAUUGCCUGCGGGAACGACAUAGCUUUGCGUACGCGCUUUGGAAGCAUGGGAUCGACGUCGUCCUGUAUGCAGAGCUGACGCGAAAGGGCGGCGUCAUUCCGCCCUAUCUUGACGGCGAGCCAUUGCCGGAGCUCAUGCCUGUCUACAACUCGAGGAAGAUUGGCUUCAAUCGAGUGCCUCCUCCUCCGGGAGAAGACACCGAUCACGAAGAGGAAGAAGAGGAGGAGGAACCAGUUGUUCCGGAGGAUUGGCGUGAGGAACUAGCCGCCCAAGGGGAAGCUGAAUCGACCGCAGACAAAGGGGACAAGAGCACCAAUACUACGGAAGAGUCGGAUUACCUGAACGACGAUCACAUCAAGGCGAUCCGAAACGACGUGUUCAAUAAGCUGAGGAACUACCUCUCUCGCGUGCACAGCUAUCGCGGUCUCACCAUCCCUCGGCAUAUCAUCCAGGAGGGCCACCCUGAAGGAGAGCUUCUCCAAUUCGUCCUCGAAUCCGAAUCCGAAUCCGACUUCGACGGGUUCCACGAGGAGAGCGAUGAUGACAUUGAUCACGACUUUGAGGACCACGACUUUGACGAGCACGACUUUGAAGAAGAGGAUGAGGAUGAAAUGGAAGUGGAUGAGUUUGAGGACGACUUUGGGACUUUUGAUGUGCCGCUCGAUAUCGGGCCGUUUUAUGCGCAUCUGCUGAAUCAGUUGAACGCUGGGGCGUUUUCGAAUCCGAUGAACGAGGGGGAGGAGGCGGGCGAGGAGGAACAGGAGGAACAGGGUACGCAAAACGGGGAUGGAGAUGGGGAUGGAAAUGGAGAUGGAAAUGGAGAUGGAAAUGGAGAUGGAAAUGGAGAUGGCGAGGGCGGUGAUGGUGGAGACGAAGGUGGAGACCUUGAUCUUCCCCCAUUGAUCAAUCAUGCUGGCAAUGUACAAGAUGAUUAAACGUUUGGCAGGGUAGCGAAAGGGCACUGCGGAAGGCUUUCGCUCGGUGUAGACGGCUUGGAGGUUCGGCCUCGUGGUUGCUGCGAGAUCUGAGGUUUUGUCAAGCUUGACACGACCGUAGUGUUGCGCUUUUCAAGCUCCGAGCCGCAAAGUCCUAGAAGGAAGACUGGGUAGAGCCGGAAGCGGAUGUUGCUGAUGUGGUAAACCAGAAACAUCGACUUCGUCUCUCGACCUAAGGGUGGGCUCUGUUCGCGUUGGUGCGUCCUUACGGACGGCCAUUCUUCCUGUCCUGGAGAUGGGCGGUUAUCAGCGUAGUACUAUGUACACAGUUGUGGAGACAAUAAUCUUGCGGAGUACAUUCAGCCAUAGUUAAUCUCAACGAUAUCGGUCGUCAGGUUUGUACAGGUUGACUAUAUUUUCAGGGCAAAAUAAAAGAGAAAGAUU